AUGAGCCAGAUCUGGCCGUGCUUUCAACACACGGAUGAAGGAAUCAAGCUGGAAAAGACGCUGGAUAUGGUGCGAGAGUAUUUCAGCGGUGGCAACAAUCACUUUAAGCUCCUUGAAGAGCCUGUGGGACAUUAUUUAGCGAGGGAGGAUUGUGGCUACAGGUUUGUGAAAGACAUUGACCCCGAGGAGCUGGAGCUAGAGUUGACGAUCAGCGGCUUCGGGCCGGACUAUGUUUUUGGAUCGGAGGUGGAUCCUGAUCAAGAAGAGGUGGAUUCUGAUCAAGAAGAAGAGGUGGAAGAUUGA